GUUCCGACCAAACAAACAAAAUCGUUUUAUUUCUCUUCUUCUCUUUCUACUAAGCCGUCGCCGCUAAACCCUGAAGCUAAACCUUAAACCCUAAUUCACCUCUUAGCUACAACAGAGAGAGAGAGAAGGAUGAAGUACUCUAAAGGUGGAGGCGGCUUUAAGAGAGGCGGCAAGAAGGGUUCGAGCGAUGUGGAUCCCUUCUUCGAGCAAGAGACCAAGAAACGGAGGAAAGUCAGUUACGACGACGAAGACAUCGAGUCUAUUGACUCCGACGCCGACGAGAACGGGUUUGACGGCGAAGAUAGGAAAGGAGCUGAAGAAGCUGCUGAGGAGGAGGAGGAUGAGUUUGCGGAUGAGACGGCGGGUGAGAAAAGGAAGAGGUUAGCUGAGGCGUUUCUGUUGCGAACAAGGGAAGCUCAGAGGAGGCAGCGUGAAGAACGUGAUGAUGAUGAUGAUGAUGAAGAUGAUGAGGAUGUUGAAGAUGGUGAUAUUGUUAAGACUUUGAUGAAGAAGCAGCAGGAGGAUAGUGGUAGGGUUCGAAGAGCUAUUGCAUCCAGUGUUCAGGAGCCACUGAGUAGUGAUGAGUUUCGUAUUAUUGUCAAGCACCGAAAAUCUGUUGUAUCUGUUGCUCUAUCUGAUGACGACACUAGAGGAUUCUCAGCUUCCAAGGACGGUGCUAUUGUCCAUUGGGAUGUAUCUUCUGGCGAAAGUGAGAAAUACAAAUGGCCAAGUGAUGAAGUUCUGAAGUCUCAUGGGAUGAAAGUGAGGGAGCCUCGUAGUAAAAAACACAGCAGAGAGUCUCUUGCUUUGGCUGUUAGCUCUGAUGGUCGUUAUUUGGCGACUGGUGGAGUUGAUAGACAUGUUCAUAUAUGGGACGUUCGUACCAGAGAACAUGUCCAGGCCUUUCCAGGUCACAGGAACACUGUUUCUUGUCUAUGUUUCAGACACGGGACUUCAGAAGUCUAUUCUGGUUCGUUUGAUCGAAGUGUCAAGGCUUGGAAUGUAGAAGAUAAAGCUUUUGUGCAAGACAGUUUUGGACACCAGGAUGAGAUCCUAGCCAUUGAUGCGCUAAGGAAGGAGCGUGCACUUACGGUUGGAAGAGAUCGAACCAUGCUAUUACACAAGUUGCCUGAGACAAGUCGUACGAUCUACCGUGCACCUGCAUCCUCUCUUGAGAGCUGCUGUUUCAUUAGUGAUACUGAGUACCUGUCUGGUUCGGACAACGGAACUGUUGCCCUUUGGGGCAUGUUGAAAAAGAAACCGGUGUUUCUCCUCAAGAAUGCACAUUCCAUUAUAUCUGAUGGAAUCCCCACUAAUGAAAAUGGUGAUCAUAGUCAUGUGGAGUAUAGCAACUCUUCCACAACGAGUUCUUGGGUCAGUUCAGUUGCUGUUUGCAGAGGUAGUGACCUUGCUGCAUCUGGAGCUGGCAAUGGCUUUGUGCAUUUGAUGGCUGUUGAAGCAAGUGCCCUUCGACCUUUAUUCAAGCUUCCUCUUACUGGAUUUGUGAACUCUAUGGCUUUUGCAAAAUCCGGUAAAUUUCUGAUUGCUGGUGUUGGACAGGAGACGAGAUUUGGAAGAUGGGGAUGCUUAAAGUCUGCGCAAAAUGGCGUUGCAAUACAUCCUUUAAGGCUGUCAUAAGGAUUCUAUUGGGGGUUAAAGAAGAGUACUUAAUAUUUUUGAAUCUCAAGUUAUGUAAGGACUCUACUAGUACAAGUCUUUUCAGCUCUUAAAGUUUUCUGUUUGUUUUUUGUACUCAAUUUUUCUAAUACAAGUGAGAUAAGAACUUUAACGUUUUUUUGAUGUUCUGAUGAAUCAAAGUG